GGCGCGUGCUCUCAACCACCCGCAAAAUCCCCUGCAGCCAAUUUACGCGGCCGCCCUCAUCAACGGCCAACGCCUGCGCGCCCUGGGGUCCAUCAAGACAACUCAUCGAUAUUCACCCAACGGCGCAGACCCCGGACCCAGAGAACGCAUCAGGGCCGCCUCCGAGGGUCACCGGAUCAAAAAGGUCAAGGCGUUCAGACUCCAGACCGAGCGCGUGCCCACCCCCCCAGCCUCGUCGUGCGCAUUUCUCUUCAAGCCAGCCAGCCCCCCGGGCGCCCGCCCGCACACUCAUCAGCAGCCAUGGCUCCCGCGCGGCAGCAGCCCUCGCCCCAGUUCAGCAAGGACGAAAAGGUCCUCUGCUUCCACAUGGACAUGCUCUACGAGGCCAAGAUCAUGGACGUGCAGCCUGGCGACAAGCCCGGCGACGGCUUCCGCUACAAGGUGCACUACAAGGGCUGGAAGAACACGUGGGACGACUGGGUGCUCGCCGACCGCAUCCGCCCCUUUGACGACGAGCACAAGGAGCUGGCCGCCCAGCUGCACGCCCAGCUCAAGCACAGCCUGCAGAAGAACGCCAAGCAGCCCAAGAAGAACCUCAGGAACGGCGGUGACUCGGCCCGUGGUAGUGAAGAACGAGGCUCGGCCGCCGCUCAGGGGGGUCGCGGAGGCCGACGCGGCAAGGACUGGGAACUCGAGCAGGAGGACGCCUUUCACAGCAAGCCAAUGAUCAACAUCCCAGUACCCGAUCAUGUUCAGGCGAUGUUGGUCGACGACUGGGAGAACAUCACAAAGAACAAUCAACUGGUGCCGCUGCCGCAUCCGAAACCAGUCAACGUUAUUCUUGAAGAAUACCUGACCUUCGAGCGGCCGCAUCGCGAGGAAGGCUCCGCCAGCAUGGACAUCUUGGAGGAGGUUGUCGCUGGUCUUCGCGAGUAUUUCGAGAAGGCGCUGAGCAGGAUACUGCUCUACCGUUUUGAGCGUCAUCAGUACAUGGACAUUCGCAAGUUGUGGGACACCAACACGGAGGACAAUGCCCAGUACAAGAGCGUUUGCGAUGUCUACGGCGCCGAGCAUCUGGCCCGCCUCAUCGUCUCACUGCCGGACCUCUUGGCCCAGACCAACAUGGAUCAGCAGUCCGUCUCUAGACUUAGGGAGGAGAUUGGCAAGUUCACCGUCUGGCUGGCGCGGAACUGCGAGACCUACUUCGUCAAGGAGUAUGAAACGCCCUCGCAGGAGUACAUCGACAAGGCUAGGAGUUUCUGAGCUGCGGGACGAUGGCCGUCCAUCGGGCUGAAGAGCGGGAUAGCGCAUGGGGGGAUGGACUGAGGGGUGCCAGCGCGGAGGACAGUCGGAGGAAAGGAGAGACAGCGGGAUGGUAGGGUUUUGUUUGCUGCAUUCGGGCUCCGGGGGUCUUUCAUUCUUGUUCUUGUGCAGUUGCAAAUGGGCAACGCGGACCAGGUCAGGUCAGGUCAGGUUUUCGGAACUGAGGCGAACAAAGGGGCAGCGAAUGGAAACGGCGUUUGCGAUGACAUGUCUGGUUGAUGCUAUGUGAAAAAAAAAAGGCUUGCGAC